GCCGCCCCGCCGCGACUGCGCUCAUCGCCAUCCAUCCUCGCCUUCACAGCAUCUCCCACCGUUGCCGUCGCUCACUCCCUCCAUCAUGGAGGACCCAGUCUCAAACCCCUUUGUCACUGAGCCCGACGCCAGCCCCGCGACAUCCCCCCCACUGUCUCGCACUCCUUCCAACACCUCGUCGACCGCCCACAGACGCAGCUCUUCUCUCCUUACCAGCAGCUCGCCGCCGCCGACCCAGCGCGCGUCGUUUCCCGAUCCGGCCAAGCCGCCACGGGGAACGUCGCGUCUUGCCGGGCCUCAGCCUAAGACUGACUUCUGCUGCGAGCGCGAUCGCCAGAUUGCUCGCGGUGACGACAUCAGCAUCGUUGAUGCGUACAAGACUACUGAGGGCGGGAAGUCGAGCUACAUCACCUAUGUGAUCCGCCUGGGCACAUAUACCACCCGCAGGCGAUACUCUGCCUUCCUUAGCCUGCACCAAGCGCUCCAGGGCCUGUACCCCGUGCUCAUUAUCCCUCCCAUCCCCUCCAAGCAGAGCCUCACCGACUACGCCGUCAAGGGUCAGUCCAAGACUAAAGAGGAUGCAACGACGAUUGCGCGCCGCAAGCGCCUUCUCGAGGACUUCCUGCGCCGCGUCGUCCGGCACCCUAUACUCGGGGGCGACCACGUCUUCCACCGCUUCCUUGAAGAUGGCGUUUCAUGGAAUGAGGUGCUUCACUCACCGCCGGUCAGUCUCCUUCCGAAGAACCCGCUGCAUGCGCCCUCGCACAACCCUACAUUCCAGGACCAGGAUGAGGACGGAGAGAGUACGUCGUCGACUGCGUAUAUCGCGCACCAUCUACUUCCCAACCCGUCGCCCACGCACCCCUUGCAUCGGCCGGACCAGCGGUUCUUCGAAAGCGAGCAGUUUACCGACAAGUUCCACCAGCACUUUCAAGGCAACAUGGAAAAGGUCAACCGCCGCGUGGCCAAGCGCUGGAGUGAGCACGCAACAGAUAUGAGCGAGCUCGGCGCCCAGUGGAAUGGCUUUUCUCUGAGCGAAAAGGGGGAACUGGCAACUGCUAUCGAGAAAGUUGGCCAGGCUGUCGACACCGAUUACCUCGCCACGACCGAGCUCAUGAAGGAGUGGGAAACGCACGUGACAGAGCCAUUGCACACGUACACUCAGUUCGCUCAGCUCAUCCGCUCCCGCCUGUCGUUCCGGCAUCAAAAGCACGUCCAGUACGAGCUUGUGCAGGAGGCGCUGGAUACGCAGCGCGACAAGCUGGAGCUGCUUGAGGCAUCGGAGCGGGAAUCUCGCCGUCUUGAGGAGGCCCUUGAGCGCGGUGGCAGCUUCCACUCUAGUGCACCUGCUACCCCAAACAAGUCUGCCCCUGACAACAACGAGGGUAGUGCGGGCACAAGCUCGACGCCGAGUGGGUCAAACCUCCAGCCGCCUAGCCCACGUCCCACAGCACGCCGGCAGGGUAACAGUUUCGGCCUGCUCUCGGCUGUCAAGCACUCACUCAGCGGCAUGAUGGACGUGGAUCCGGAGGCGACACGUCGUGCAAACAUAGGCAAGACCCGCGACAAUAUCUCGCAGCUCGAAGAUUCGUUGCAGGCGUCCGCGCAGGAUCUGAAAUACGCGUCGACGACUCUCCAGGCCGACCUAGACCGCUUCCAGAGACAGAAGGUGGCCGAUCUCAAGACACUCGCGAUCCAGCUCUCGACGAUUCACCGCGAGUGGUGCCGACAGAACCUGGAGGCUUGGAAGACAGCGCAGGAAGCGAUCAGGGACAUCCCAGAUCAUCCAAACGUUGUACCUCCUGCCGAGCGGCCGGCUGAGGCUGGCCCCUCGGGUACGCAGACCGCCCCCAACCUUGCCACGUCCAUGGAUCGCGACCUGCCUCCCGUGCCGGAUCGCUCUUCUGAGUCGCUUUCGACACAGCCGCUUGCAAGCCCCCCCAUGUCCAGCCCGCCCGUUGGUAGUGGUCUCAACAUGGCUGGUUCGACGAGAUACGGCAUGGGCAGCAUGCCGAUUGAUUCGCCCUUCAAGGAGUCAAAGUCGCCUCUGCAAGAGUCUGAGCAUACUCUUGACGAGUCAAAGUCCCCUCAGCAGAAGCCGGAGCGACCCAAGUCGCCAGUCAAAUCGGGCAGCUCAUCCCCGACCAAGUCGCCCUCCAGCGGCAUCGAGUCCCCGUUCAAGGAAGAGACACCGACGAAGGCCAUGUCUGAUCUGAGCAUUGGGCGCAAGUCAAGUGACAGCAAUGGACCCCUUGGACCUCUGUAGUUUGAUUCAGGCCGGUUGUAACUGGAAUAGCUAGAUAUGUUAUCCUGUUUAUCCCGGGGGGGGUAUGAAUUAUGUUUUUGGGUC